UUUCCUCUCCCUCCUGGGUCGGCGCGAUGGAUGGAGCGACGGACAGAGGAAAACGAAAGAAGAUCAGUAUGCGCGGGAUCGCGGGUCUGGGCGACGUGGCCGAGGUUCGGAAGAACUUCCAUCGGGACCUGCACUUCACGCUGGUUAAGGACCGCAACUUGGCUACGUCCCGCGACUGUUUCGCUUUGGCGCACGUGGUGCCCGACGACCUGGUGGGCCGCUGGAUGCGCAUGCAGCAGGAUUACUGCGAGCGCAACCCGCAAGGUGAGGGCUGCCACCAGAGGAGGGUUUCCCUGCCUGGGAUCCCCGCCCCUGCUGCCCCUCCAGAGAAAAAGGAGCCCUUGCGCCGCCCAUUGGAGACCCACUCACUGGCCUCUUGCCCAGAGGAGCCUCGCGCAAGGCCUUCUCUCCUACCCCCAAACCCGUGCAUUUUCCCAGUGGUGAGUGUGGUCGAGGCCGAUCGCCCAGCCCGUUUGCGCGAGGAACGUGGCUUUGCAGAGGUCCGCUGCUUCCUGCAGUUCCUGAGCUCUGGAAUCCUGGCGGAAUUUUCCGGAGGUGUAGAUCCUGAGCUCCAUCUCUUGGAGGGAAUUCUUCCUGAGCCAGCUUUCUACAGCUGGACAAUGGGGCAGGAGCCUGGUGUGUGUAGCCUGAAGGAAGCAGCUCCUCCCUGGUUCCCAGCACGGCAGAUGGACUUGCUAGCCUAUAUUUCAAAAAUCACUGAAGGUGUCUCAGACAUAAAUUCAAAGAACUGGGCAAAUUGUGAGAACAAAGCAGUAAAGAAAAUUAUUGUGGUUGGAGGUGGAGAACUAGGAGUUGCCUGCAUGUUAGCAAUUUCAGCAAAGGGCCUUUCAGACAGAUUUGUCCUCUUAGACCUCUCAGGAGAGACUAAAGGAGGGAUGAUGGACCUUAAUAUCUUCAACCUGCCUAAUGUGGAAAUCAGCAAAGAUCUGUCUGCCUCUGCUCAUUCCAAGAUGGUCAUCUUCACGGUUAACUCUUUGGGUAGUUCUCAGUCCUACCUUGAAGUGUUGGGGUUGGACUUGGAGGAACUGGAAGAAAUAGAAGACGCUGGCCUAGGAAAUGGAGGGUUGGGGAGGCUAGCAACCUGCCUCCUUGACUCCGUGGCCACCUUGGACCUGGCAGCAUAUGGCUAUGGAAUCCGUUAUGAGUUUGGGAUUUUUAACCAGAAGAUUGUCAAUAGCUGGCAGGUAGAGGAGGCAGAUGACUGGUUGCACUACGGCAACCCUUGGGAGAAGGCUGGGCCAGAGUACAUGCUUUCUGUGCACUUCUGUGGGAGAGUGGAGCACUCCCCUGAGGGGGUGAGGUAGCUGGACAUGCAGGUGGUGUUGGCCAUGCCAUGCGACACCCCAGUGCCAGGCUACAAAAACAACACUGCCAACAUCAUGAGGCUAUGGUCUGCCAAAGUGCACAAUGACUUCAAUCUCCACGACUUUAACACAGGCAACUACUUUGAGGCAGUCUUGGACAGGAAUCUGGCCAAGAACAUCUCCAGAGUGCUGCACCCCAAUGACAAAUUCUUUGAGGGGAAGGAGCUCUGCCUGAAGCAGGAGUACUUUGUGGUGGCUGCCACCCUGCAGGACAUUAUCCGUUGCUUGAAGUCCUCCAACUUUGGCUGCCAGGAUCCAGUGAAAAGCUGUUUUGAAAUAUUCCCAGACAAGGUUGCCAUUCAGCUGAAUUAUGCUCAUGUAGCCCUCACCAGCCCUGAGCUCCUGCAGAUCCUGGUGGACAUGGAGAAAGUGGACUGGGAAAAGGCUUGGGAAAUCACAAAGACCUGUGCAUACACCAACCACACCAUGCUGCCCAAAGCUUUGGAGCGCUGGCCUGUGUCCAUGUUUGAGAAGCUGCUGCCUCGGCACCUGGAGAUCAUCUAUGCCAUCAACCAGAGGCACCUGGACACGAUGGCUGCCCUGUUCCCUGGGGAUGUGGACCACCUGCAGAGGAUAUCUCUGAUUGAGGAAGGGGACUGCAAGUGGAUUAAUAUGGCCCACCUAUGUGUGAUUGGAUCCCAUGCUAUCAAUGGUGUGGCUAGGAUCCACUCUGAGAUCGUAAAGCAGUCAGUCUUUAAGGAUUUUUCUGAGCUGGAGCCAGAAUAGUUCCAGAAUAAGAUGAAUGGCAUCAUGCCCCAACAGUGGUUGCUCCUGUGUAACCCAGGGCUGGCUGACAUCAUCAUGGAGAAAAUUGGGGAGGGUUUCUUGACCGAUCUGAGCCAAUUGAAGAAACUGCUGCUCUUGGUUAGUAAUGAGGCUCUCUCACAGUACAUGGCCAAGGUCAAGCAGGAAAAUAAGAUGAAGUUCUCUGCCUUCCUGGAGAAGGUAAAGGCGAGAAUCAACCCCACCUCAUUGUUUGACAUGCAUGUGAAGAGGAUCCAUGAGUAUUAGUGGCAGCUGCUGACCUGCCCACACACCACCACCCUGUACAACCAUGAGAAGAACACUGCCAGGGAUUUUGUGCCCAGGACCAUAAUAAUUCGGAGUAAGGCAGCUCCUGGUUAUCACAUGGCCAAGAUUAUUAUCAAGCUAGUUACAUCCAUCAUUGAUGUUGUCAAGCAAGUAGUGGGCAACAGGCUCAAAGUGAUCUUCCUAGAAAACUACUGAGUAUCCUUGGCUGAAAAUGUGAUCCCUGCUGCUGACCUAUCACAGAAGAUCCCCACCACAGGCACUGAGGCCCCAGGUACAGGCAACAUGACAUUUAUGUUCAACGGGGCCCUCGCUAUUGGUAUCAAGGACAGUGCCAAUGUGACGAAGGCUGAGGAAGCCAGGGCCGAGAACCUUAUCUUUGGCUUGCAUGUGGAAGACAUUGAGGCCCUGGAUCAGAGUGUGUACAAUGCCCAAGAGUACUACAACUGUCUGCCUGAGCUAAGGCAGGCCAUGGACCAGAUCAUCAAUGGCUUUCUCCCAAAGGAGCCAGACUGCUUCAAGGACAUUGUCAACAUGCUGCUGAACCAGGAGAGGUUUAAGGUGUUUGCAGAUUAUGAAGCAUAUGUGCAACGCUGGGCCCAGGUGGACCAGCUGUACCAUAACCCCAAGAAGUGGACCAAGAAGGUUAUCAGGAACAUUGCCUGGGCAGGCAAGUUCUCCAGUGACCAGACCAUCAUGGAGUAUGCCCAGGACAUCUGGGGCGUGGGGCCCUCUGACCUACAGAUCCCACCUCCCAACAUCUCCAAGAACUAG